AUGCUGCUGCAGAACGAACAUCUGCUAAAAGUUAGCCACCUGGGUCCGAAUAUUAGCGCACGUACGUAUACUAUAGCAAUACACAGAUACAUCACGCCAGCUGUUCUGGACGGACGGCCUGUACACAUACAAUCAUGUCGCUCGAUUUCUAAGGUAGUGAACAACGCGGUGUCGCUCAUCGCGGAGAAACACAACAAGACUGUGGCGCACGCUGCCUACCGCAACGAGGACAAGAACACGGUCGUGGACGCUGCUAACAUCCGCGAGGGCAGCACGCUUGCCUUUGAGAACCCACUGGACGUGAACUGGUCCAUGUUUGAGCAGGAUGGCAACUGCCACGACUGCCCCGUCAAUCGGCUGACUGACCACGAGUAUCGUAGAACAAUUGGCAUCGCGAAGAAGCAAGAGGCUAUCAAGUGGAUCGGCGAGCAGGGAGGUGAUGUCGCUAGCCGCGCGGCGCCACACUUUCGCAAGGUGGGGUGGGACGUCGAUGCCUCUACUUUUCGCAAGUGGCGGCGCAAUAAGGAGGAAUAG